AACUUAAUUUAAAACUGAUGUUUACCUCGGCCAGGACAUAUCACUUAUUACAUUUGAUAUCACUAAUCACUCAAUGCUUGUGGUGGUGGCAAGAAAAUGUACGUUAUCUAAGCUUCCCUCUGAUUGGCUACUUUAGCUGUCAGGUUUGGCGGGUAAAUGUGUGUGUCUGGCGCGAGUUUGGCCCAACAUCCAACAGUUUUUUAGUAAAUUCGGUCUGGCUAGCUUCUAGAUUGUAUUUUUGUAUAAUUUUUUUUAACCAAAAAACAAAUUUGAGUGACUGCGCUCUAUCUAGAUAGUAAUAGCUAGCUAUAUUUGACAACUUGUUAUCAACUAUUACUACCAUGGCCUGUGAACAACGUUUGCGGGCUGCUCAGGGCACCCAGUUGCUGCCAAAUGUAGUUUCAACAGAGCAGCAGUCCUUGAUUGUUGUGAAGAAACUGCUGGCCAUUGCAGUCUCCAGCAUCACUUAUCUCAGGGGUCUUUUCCCAGAAAAAGCUUAUGGGAGAAAAUAUGUUGAAGAGCAGAAAGUUAUGAUCCUCAGGGAGGAGCGCACCUGCCCUGGUGCCAGUCAGAUUGUACAGUGGAUGCAUGGAUGCUUUGAUGCCCUUCAGAGAAAAUACUUGAGGACGGUCGUUAUGUCUAUAUACACAGACCCAGAGAAUCCAAAGAAGGUUACUGAAUGCUACCAGUUCAAAGUCCAAUACACUGAAAAGGGACCCAAAAUUGACUUUGAAAGCAAAAACAGCAAGAAUCUGGGAAAACUGGCUUGCAGCAGCACAAAAAAAUCCAGCAUCCUCCUGGUGCGUAAACUCUACACACUGAUGCAGAACCUGGGUCCUCUGCCAGACAAUGUCUGUCUUAACAUGAAACUCUCCUACUACGACGACGUCACUCCCCAGGACUACCAGCCCCCAGGCUUCAUGGAGGGGGACGGCGAUAGCAUGCAGUUUGAGAAGGAGCCCGUCAACCUGACCAUGGGCGAGGUGGUCACUCCCUUCCACACCCUGAAGGUGGACGUGACCACAGAGAGAGAAAGGCUGGAGCAGGUUGAUGACGAGCAGCCAAUCUGCGUGAGGGACAAGUGGGAGCUGAAGAUGGAGGAGGGGGGGACAGUGACCAAGAUCAGCAGUCAGCAGACCCGCAUGAUAAAAGUAAUGGAAAAUCCGGACAACGACAUUUACUUGGACAAUUCCGAGGUCCAGGUGAACUGCCAGGAGAAGAUGGAGGUGUGUGAAGAGAGCACAGAGAACUCUCAGAUGGACUCUUUGGGAAAGAGGACAUCUGACCUGGAAGUGGUCAUUAAGAGGACCAGGAGCGGACGCGUCACCAGGUCCACCCUGGAGAGAAAGGCUGAGACUGAGGUGCACAGUGUCAAGAAGAAGAAGCCCUCUCCCAUCGAAGACAAAAUGCAGAUAUCGCAGUUCGAGUUCCCCUGCAGUCAGGAUGUCCAGGCCUCUGUGCCGAAGAAACGUAAGUUCAGCGAACCCAAGGAACGCUACUGACCUCUCCACCUUACCUAUAAGAUACAUGUCAAGACUAGAACUAAUGUUCUAAUUUGGAUGGCCUCUAGGCCUUUUUAGUUGUUUUAAAGGAAAAGCUGUAGUGCCCAGCGCCAACACCACAAUAGUACCUCUGCAUUCUGUUGUUACAAUGGAAAGGAUACAGGAAAUGGUUCUUUCUAGUCCACCUUGUUUAUGUUUAUACUUUUGUUUCCAUUGUUGAGGUACAUGCUAGUGUGUGAUAUGGAGACUGGGAAAAAUGUAUUUUCUACAAUUGUAUAUUAGGGUCUGUGAAGUACGAAACUCACAGUUUUAUUUAUUUCAAAGGAUGACAUUUUCAUUGUGAGAAUGACUUAUUUUUGUCUUUUGAUUACCAUGAACGUUAUACUGUGCAAAAUUGUGUUUAUAUUUUAUAUUGUUAUAUAAAGUAUCAAUAUACAGUACCCUCCAGUUGUAAGUUAUUUGAUUAA